AUGGCCCUUUCAUCAGUCCUUAGUGACGCGUUGUCUGUUAUCGCCGAGCCAAGCUUUGACGACCCCAUCCUCCAAUGCGACAACCCUGACCUUCAAGAUCUUCUCUUCAAUGACACCGAGAAAGCACUUGAGCUUGCCAACUCAAAAUUACACUCCUUUCCAUUUAAGGAUGUGCACAUCUGCUGGCAUCGACUCUAUACGGACGCGUCUAUCAUCAAGGCCUGCGUCACCAUCAUCACGAAAUGCGGCCUGAUCCCUAAAGCCAGAUUUGAAACCCACCUUGUUGUCUCGCAACUCAUUCAAGACAUCAAGAAUGCAGAACCUGAGCCGAAACUCUCCCCAGAUGCGCCAUGGCUAUCAGAUGUCGUGGCCAUCCUCGAUAACGUCUUGAUCAUGUCUGGAGCGCCCCUCCGCGAGAAACUGGUCGAAACCUUGUUGUCCACGCUGCAGGCGGCUACAGAAUCCCCCAAAUUCGAAUACGACAACACUGAUAGUCCGGAAUAUCCUACCGCGAAGCGCAGAAAAUUCUCGCCUCCUCUCUUCCCUCCAAAUGCGAUCCGUGAACCCCAUCUGGAACAUCCAAUCCCGCGUUUAUCGGCGCCGUCGUUUGAUUCCAUCGAACACCACAUUCAAAACAUUCGAACCCCGCUCGUGAUAACAGAUGCAAUGGAUCACUGGCCGGCAAUUUCGACGCGUCCGUGGUCUUCGCGGAAUUACUGGUGGGACCGCACGUUUGGGGGUCGCAGAUUGGUUCCAAUUGAGGUGGGAAGGUCGUAUACCGACGAGGACUGGGGACAGAAGAUUAUGACGUUCAAGGACUUUGUAGACAAGUACAUAUGGCAAGGCAAACUCACCCCGACUGGGGAGCCGGAAAACCAGCCCCAAGUCACCAAUCUCGAUGGAGAGACGGCAUACAUGGCGCAACACGACCUACUUUCUCAAAUACCCGCCUUGCGUAACGAUAUCAGUGUACCGGAUUACUGCUUUAUUAUCCCGCCGGGCCCAGACCCGGGAACACCGCGUGAGCGCGAGGCGAAAUCCCAAGCACAGGUCCCUGAAACCUCGCAUGACGCCCAGUUGGACACAGCACCAAAUAAAGAUGACGUAUCCGAACACAGUUCAGAUACAGGCUCACUUAUGGGAAUCCCCAGCGAUCCCAUUAUCAAUACUUGGAUCGGACCUGCGUGGACGAUUUCCCCUCUCCACCACGACCCCCACCACAAUAUCCUCGCGCAAGUCGUGGGAACCAAGUACGUCCGGCUGUACUCACCUUGUACACCUGACUCUCAGAUCCAUCCACGGGGACAAGAAUGGGUCACGUCUAUUGAUGAAACGGCAGAUCCAGAUCCUGUAUCUGGGGCUCGGCCAACGACUCGUAGACUGGUUGAUAUGUCCAACACUUCCAAGGUGGAUCUGGCUGCUAUCGAGUCUUCCCCUGCUGAGUAUGAGCAAUGGGAAGAGAUGUGGCCUGGGUUCAUGGAUGCGGAUUAUGUGGAGACUGUUCUCCAUGAAGGCGAGUGCCUUUACAUUCCUGUUGGGUGGUGGCACUAUGUGCGUGGAUUGAGGGCUGGGAUCAGUGUGAACUUCUGGUGGGGGUGA